AUUCGUGUGGCAAGAUUCCACGAUGAUGAUCUUUUGUCUACUGUCAAAUUGUUUGUGAUGAGUUGUGAUGAAAGUGUUCUGAAUGCUCAGAUUGUUCCACACAUCUUGGCAAUGUUCUCUAACUGUAAUGUUUAUGACCAAGAGAUCUUUGAUAAACUAGAAAAUCAGGUUCUUAAACUCAUUAGAGCUGAGUCACAUGAGUUAAGGAUGAGGGAUCUUACAAGGGUGCUUUGGUGUUUUAGUCAUGUAGGUCACAGAUGUAAUAUACAAACAUUAGAAGUGUUUGAUGAAGCUUUCAUGGAGUUCAUUCAUAAAGGAGAAGUUGCUAGAUCACCAUACUUUCUGUCAGAUGCUCUCUUCUCAAUGGCAAUUCUCCGGCAUUAUCCAGAAGCAUUGAUUAAGGAGGCAUUCAAGCCAGAAAUUAUUCAAGGACUGAAAGGGCAUCAGAGGAGUAAGCAAUUAUCCAGAUUGCUUAUAUUACAUGAAUGUCUGAAGACAGAAGUCCCUCAACUCAAAAUGGAAGCACCUGUAGUGGGGAAGUUUGAAAUACCAAGUAGAACUCUUGCAGAUGAAAUCCAGCACCGCCCUCAUAUUAGGGAGUUAAGUGAAGGGGCUAAGUGGAUUAAUUCAGUUGUUGGAGGAACAGUGUUGAAACUCCAGUUCCCCAUACCAUAUAUAAAUUAUGCUAGUCUAAUUACAGAUUUCAACCAACUCAAGGAUGAAGAUUCUCUGUAG